CACCAACGCCUACCGCAGUUGCAAGUGCAGUGAGAUUAUGAGUCGACACGCUGAACAUGACGCUCGCAGACGAGGUGGUACCAAUGUCGAGGUGGAGUUGGACGAUUAUGCUUUUGCUACGAGGUCAGCACUCAUGAUUCUCCCGAGUGACAAGCAGCACUCGAAUAACUUCGGUUUAUUCCAUAGAAACUUGAAUUUGUCUCUUAUCCGGCAUUCAGGUUAUGACUCCCCAUCCCUCAAUGCGACCUGUUCGUGGAACAUCACGAAAGAUGCAGCCGAUGCCCUACAACAGACGCCGAUUUUAUGCCACCCCGUUCUAGCCGAAUACCCCGACCCUACAGAUCUCGGCAGUUGCAUUGUUGAUAGCACCCAUUGUAACCAAUUUCCGCGCAACCAAGGCCAUCGGAGCGACCGACUAUAUGUUGCUUACAUAUCCCAGAACCCGUCAGUUGUCACUUCAGAGACUAUGCCAAGGUCAGCAACACCCGGCUAACAGCCCGAAUUUUUGGUCAGAACACACGCAGG